GAGGAAGGGGGUUGCAAAGCUGGUGCUGCAUCAGAGGUACCCGCUGCUGGCCCCCUGUGGGUGAGGGCUGGGGCAGGGGCCCUUUUCUACGGACAUCAGUACCGGCCACCUGUUGCUGGACCUCCGAGUCCUAGGUCAGUCUGGGGGCGGAGUCAGCAGGGACAACGGGGAAAGCUGGCUGCCCCAACACAGAGCUGGGAGCCUCCUCCGAGGCCCCUGUUUACUUCCUGUCCUGAAAGGGGGGCACUGUCCUCUCAUCCCAGCCUGAAACCAGGGGCCACACUGGCACCACAGCCCACUGGUACCUGCUCACUGUUUGGGGUCUACACCUUGGAGGUGGUCAGGGAGGGGACCAAAGAUCCCUGAUCUAGGCCCUAUUAUUGGCAGGAGUUUCCAUAGGACCCCCCUCCCCAGGAGGUCAGAGGUUAGAGACACAUGGGCCUGCUCACUUUGAUGUGGGGGCGGGGGUGCGGGAGGACAUGGAGAUUCCCCUGCUUUCCUGGGGUGGCAUCGUGGUGGGGGGGUCUCCAGGAAGCAGGCCACCCUGCCCAGCUGGCCCUCCUCCUGUGUGUGCAGGGUAGCCCCCACUGGGGGCCUCCUUGCCAGAGCCCCUCACCUUGCCCUAGGCUCCAGCCUCUGCCACCUCCCCCACACCUCAGGCCUGGCCUCAGGAAGUGCAGCCCCGGUGGGCUGGGGCGGGCCCAGAGGAAGGAGCCCUUGACUCAGAGCUACAGGAAGAGCAGGGGCAGGCGGAGCUGGCGGGGGCAGGCGGGGCUGCGAGAACCUCACUGCCCGCCUGCCUGGAGGGGUGGGUGCCGGGGUGGGGUUUCGGUUCAGGAGAGGAUGUGACCGCGAGGCCAGGAAACUACGGAAAAGUCCGGAUCAAACACCCGAACAAAGCCAGGUCCUCACCCCCGUUGGCGCAGUGUCCAGGGCGGCCUCGGGGCUCCGGGCUGGGCCAGGGGCCCAGCUGGGCAGAAUUUGCUCCCAAGCACAGGUCAAUGACCUCUGUGACUGCAUCCCCUGCUGGAGGAAAGAGCCGGAACCAGGUGACUCUCCGGUGCCCUCCCACGGCGGCCUGCUGCUCGGGCCGCCGUGGGCCUGAACCCUCCUCCCCUGCUGCCUGCCCAGCCCGAGGCCCCUCCGCGGCGUCAGGCCUGGCUGAGGGGAGGCCGCGGCAUGUGCAGCAUGCGUGCCGGUGACAGUGAGGGACGACAGGAGGUGGGUGCGUGGCUCCUGGUGUGUGUGGGGCUGUGCCCCUGCAGGGGCCGUUCCAAGUCUGUGCCGUGCGUGCCCGCGUGUGGACCGGAGUGCUGAGGUGUGGGGUUCCGUGCAGCCUCUGACCCAUCCUGGCGCCCUGACUGACCCGCUGAGAAGACAGAGAGGGCGUCCCGCCCAGCCCUCGGGGUCCGGUCUGCUCAGCUGAGGAGCCCACUCAGCCGGGCCUGGCACCGUGCCCAACCUGCCGGAGGAGGGCCCGGUCAGACCAUGGCAGAUGUCUGCAGCAGGCCCCCCGACUUCCUCUCCCCUUCUGGAGACCAGACACUGGCGCCAGCCCUGGGCAGUGUGGUCACUCUGAACUGCACAGCCUGGGUGGUCUCUCCGCCCCACUGUCCUCUGCCCUCGGUCCAGUGGCUGAAAGACGGGCUGCCGCUGGGCAACGGCAGCCACCACGGCCUUCACGAGGAGUCCUGGGUCAAGACCAACUCGUCCGAGGUGCUAGUAUCCAGUGUCCUGGGGGUCAACCUGACCGGUGCUGAGGACUACGGGGCCUUCGCCUGCUCCGUCUGGAAUGUCAGCUCCUCCUCCUUCACUCUCUGGAGAGCUGGCCCCGCAGGCCACCUGGCGGCCGUGCUGGCCUCGCUGCUGGUCCUGCUGGCCCUGCUUCUGGCGGCCCUGCUCUACGUGAAGUGCCGGCUCAACGUGCAGCUCUGGUACCAAGACAACUACGGGGAGGUGGAGAUGAAUGACGGGAAGCUCUACGACGCGUACGUCUCCUACAGCGACAGCCCCGAAGAUCGAAAGUUCGUGAACUUCAUCCUGAAGCCGCAGCUGGAGCGGCAUCGGGGCUACAAGCUCUUCCUGGACGACCGCGACCUCCUGCCCCGGGCAGAGCCCUCCGCCGACCUCCUGGUGAACCUGAGCCGCUGCCGGCGCCUCAUCGUGGUGCUGUCGGACGCCUUCCUGGGGCGGGCCUGGUGCAGCCACAGCUUCCGGGAGGGCCUGUGCCGGCUGCUGGAGCUCACGCGCAGACCCAUCUUCAUCACCUUCGAGGGUCAGCGGCGCGACCCCGAGCAUCCUGCGCUGCUCCUGCUGCGCCAGCACCGCCACCUGGUGACCCUGCUGCGCUGGAGGCCCGGCUCCGUGACGCCUUCCUCCGACUUUUGGAAAGAGCUACAGCUGGCGCUGCCGCGGAAGGUGCAGUACCGAACGAGGGAGGGAGACCCGCAGACCCGGCUGCAGGAUGACAAGGACCCCAUGCUGAUUGUGCGAGGCCAGGUUUCCGAGGGUCGGACCCUGGACCCGGAGCUGGACCUCGACCCCGAGGGGGACCUGGGUGUGCGAGGCCCUGUCUUUGGGGAGCCACCAGCUCCACCACACGCGAGUGGGGUCUCGCCGGGAGAGGCCCGGGGCAGCGAGGUGGACGUCUCUGACCUUGGCUCCCGCAACUACAGCGCCCGCACGGACUUCUACUGCCUGGUGUCUGAGGAGGACAUGUAACUGGCCCCUCACCUCCGAUGGUGCCGCAGGAGGCCAGGGACAGCUGGGAGCGGGACCCUGAGCCCUGCCUGCCUGUGGCCCUGGGACCCUGGGACCUGUCCUCAUGCCAGAAAAAUAAAGUCUUUUUGGACCCUG